AUGUUGGGGUACAAAAGAGUCAUUGGGAUUACUGCGCUGCUCGGCUGGCUGCUGCUCGGCUCCUGUGGGACAGGUGGAGAAGAGGUAUGUGACAGCCCGCUGGUGGCCAAUCUGCCGCCAUCAUCGUUCAGAAGCUCCUCCCAGCUCACCAGCAGCCAUGGGCCGGUCUUUGCAAAGGUCAACAGGAGAGAAGGAGCUGGAGGCUGGACCCCUCUCGUCUCGGACAGAUACCAGUGGUUGGAGGUGGAUCUGGGGAAGCGGACCCGGAUCACUGCUGUUGCUACGCAGGGACGCUACGGCAGCUCUGAUUGGCUAACGUCUUACCUGUUGAUGUUCAGCGACACAGGACACAACUGGAGACAACAUCGACAGGAAGACAGCCUAGGGGCUUUUCCAGGUAACAGUAAUGCAGACACUGUGGUCCAGUACAAACUCAAUCAGCCGGUGAUAGCUCGCUACCUCCGCCUGAUUCCUCUGGACUGGAACCCCACUGGGAGGAUUGGACUCAGACUGGAGAUAUACGGUUGUCGUUAUACUUCUGACGUGGCCUACUUUGACGGCAGCAGCAGCCUGCUCUACAGACGCAGCGCGAGGCCGAGCUGGACGGGGAUGGAGGUCGUCUCUCUGAAGUUCAAAACCCUGACGAAUUCUGGGACGCUGCUUCAUGCAGAGGGACAGAGAGAUCCCAGCCUCACUCUGGUGCUGGAGAAGGGACGGCUGCUGCUCUACCAUCAACAAGGUGUGAGUUCCUCCUCCAGUGGGCAGCUUCUUGUCUCUGUGGGCAGUCUGCUGGACGACCAGCACUGGCACCAUGUGAAGCUGGUGCGCCUCAGCACUCACCUCAACCUCACCGUGGACAAGAACACUCGUCAGGUUCACAUACCAGCCGAGCUCAGCCACUGGGACAUUCAUCAGCUGAGUCUGGGAGCUGUCCAGAGCCAUGGCCUGCAGAAACCCAUCCUAUCCAACAGGAACUUCAAUGGCUGCCUGGAGAACUUUCUCUACAACGACCUCAACCUGAUACACCUCGCUAAAAAGAAAAACCACCAGGUCUCUUUGCUGGGCAAUGUGACCUUUUCUUGUGCUGAGCAUGUGUCAGUCGCUGUGACGUUCACCGACUCCCAGAGCUUCCUGCAGGUGCCCGGCCUGACGUCGUGGUCUUCAGGGCUUUUCUCUGUGGCCCUGCAGUUUCGCACGUGGAACAAGGGAGGGCUUCUCUUGACCUUUGACCUCCCGCAGCAGCAGGGCACAGUGUGGCUGUACCUGAGCGAGGCCAGACUGCGCCUACAGAUCAAUAAAGCCGGCAGGGCCCGGCUGGAGCUCAGCGCAGGCUCAGGGCUAAAUGAUGGUCAGUGGCAUUCUGUGGAGCUGAACUCAGAGCAAGAUCUUCUGAGCAUCACAGUGGACAAAAACGAAGGAGCCACCGCUCACACCCGCACCCCACUUCCUCUAACCGCAGACAGUCAACUCUUCUUCGGUGGUUGCAGCAGCAGUCAGGAGUGUAGGAACCCCUUCAAAGUGUUUCAGGGCUGUAUGCGUCUGCUGACUCUGGAUAACCAGCCAGUUGACCUGAUCAAAGUGCAACAAAGGAUGCUGGGAAACUACAGCCACUUGCAGAUUGAUAUGUGCGGCAUCAUCGACAGGUGCUCUCCCAGUCACUGUGAACACGGAGGCAGAUGCACUCAGUCAUGGAGCAUCUUCCACUGUAACUGCUCCAACAGUGGCUACCGAGGAGCCACCUGUCACAGCUCGAGAUAUGAACAGUCAUGUGAGGCGUACAAACACAGAGGCAACACAUCAGGACAUUAUCACAUAGACGUGGACGGCAGUGGACCAAUCAAACCCCAGCUCAUCUACUGUAACAUGACAGAGGACAUGGCAUGGAUGGUGAUCCAGCACAAUAACACCGAACUGACCAGAGUGCAUUCGUCCCCGGAGAGAAACCAACAUGUGUCACACUUUGACUAUGCUUCUGAAGAGGAUCAGUUAACAGCAAUCACCAGCCAAUCAGAGCACUGCGAGCAGGAGCUGUCCUACCACUGCAGGAAGUCCCGCCUCCUCAACACGCCAGAGGGUGCUCCGUUCAGCUGGUGGGUGGGGGGUCCGGGUCCAGGUCAGGUCCAGACGCAUUGGGGCGGGGCUCUGCCCAACAGCCGGCAGUGUGCCUGUGGCCUGCAGGACAACUGUCUGGAUUCAAAUCACUACUGCAACUGUGACGCUGACUACGACCAAUGGGCUAAUGACUCGGGUCUGCUCACCCAUAAGGAGACCCUCCCGGUCAGGUCUCUGGUGCUGGGUGACGUCCGGCGGCCCGGGUCAGAGGCUGCCUACAGGGUGGGACCCCUUCGUUGUCAUGGAGACAAGAACUUCUGGAACGCUGCGUUUUUCGACAAGGAGACAUCUUACCUUCACUUUCCCACUCUCCAUGGAGAGCUGAAUGCAGACAUCUCCUUCCUGUUUAAAACAACAUCCUCCUCUGGGGUCUUUCUGGAAAAUCUGGGCAUCAAGGACUUCAUCCGGAUCGAACUCAGCUCUGCCUCAGAGGUCGUCUUCUCUUUUGACGUGGGAAACGGGCCGCUGGAAGUGCGAGUGAAGGCGAGCGUGCCGCUGAACGACAACCGGUGGCACAGCGUGCGAGCAGAGCGAAAUGUGAAGGAAGCAUCAUUACGUUUGGACGGGUUUCCUGCCACCACACAGGAAGCUCCUGCUGACGGACACAUUCAUCUGCAGCUCAACAGCCAGCUAUUCAUAGGAGGCACUGCGUCCAGACAGAAAGGCUUUCUGGGCUGCAUCCGCUCUCUGCAGCUGAACGGCGUCACUCUGGAUCUGGAGGAGAGGGCAAAGAUCACCCCGGGGGUCCGACCUGGAUGCCCGGGCCACUGCAGCAGCUACGGCUCUCUCUGCCAGAACCAGGGUCGCUGUGAGGAGAGAGACAGCGGUUUCUCUUGCAACUGUGACCAGUCGGCGUACACUGGACCCUUCUGUCAUAAAGAGGUAUCGGCCAGCUUUCAGUCGUCAACAUCCAUCACGUACAACCUGAAGGAGCCCCAUGAGCUGAAUAGGAACAGCAGUGCCUGGCCUUCCUCCAUCUACUCUGAUGUGACGCUGAGAGGAGAAAACAUCUCCCUGAGCUUCAGGACGACUCAGAGUCCUGCUCUUCUGCUCUACGUCAACUCUGUCUAUAAAGAGUACCUGGCACUGCUCAUCAACAAUCAUGAUGAGUUGGAAGUGUGGUACAAGUUACACAGCGGCCGAGACGUGGAGGUGCUGAGGAGCAGAGUCACGGACCUGGCUGAUGGACGUCUGCACACGGUGAUCAUCAGGAGACAGGCAGACAUCGUCUCUGUGAAGGUCGAUCAGAAUACCAGAGAGGAUUUCAACUUGACAUCUGAUGUGGAAUUCAACAGCGUCAAAUCACUCAUUCUUGGCAAAGUGCAGGAGUCUGGUGAGAUGGAUGAAGAGCUGGCCGGCUUGGCCUCUCUCGGGUUCAGCGGCUGUCUGUCAGGUGUUUUCUUUAACUCCAUCAGUCCUCUGAAAGCCGCCCUGCUGCACCCUGACAGCCCUGUUGUUGUCAGCGGCCCACUGGCCCAGUCCAGCUGCGCCUCCUCUCCAGCCAAUCCUUACGCGGCAGAAACCACACAUUCCUUAUCAGACCAGCCAAAUUCAGUGGAUCCAGGUCAGCAUUUAGUCAAUGCCAUCAGGAGUGACUCAGCUCUAAUCGGAGGGGUGAUCGGCAUGAUGAUUUUCGUCAGCGUGGUCGCAUUGGCGAUAAUAGCCAGAAUCAUCUGCAGCAGGAAGGAGACGUAUAGAAACCAGGAAGUGAAAGCAGCGCAGCCGGAAGAGGGCCAGGAGCUCCCCUUCAGCAGCCAGGUGGACUCUCAGAGCGCUCCCACUGAAAACCAAAAGGAGUAUUUUAUUUAGCAGGACCCCCAGCAUCACACUGAGCUGUCAGGACAGAGCGGGAACAUUCACCAACAGCUCAGAGCUUUAUCAGACAUUCAGCCCGGAGCUACUGGUGGACCCAUCAGAUGUGAAGUCAAGAAACAUUUUAUGAUUUUCUUACAGUAAGUUCUUAUCUGCUGUCAUUCUGAGUGUAAAUAUUUAUAAAUGUAAAUGGUAAUUUGUGUGCUUAUAACAAUGUUGUUUGCCAUAUUGUAAAAAAACGUUAUUAAAAAGAAAACAUGCAGAAUUUAUGUGUUGAUCGAAACAC